ACCUUCCAUCCUUCAUUAAUAGUGAUAUAAAUACAGACACGCCCUAUAGUGUUAUAAAUACAGCGAGAUAUAAAAUGUGCAAUUGAACCAAGUCUAAACCUAGAAAGGAAGGAGUAAACCAAACAAGGGGAGAAAGGUUGUAAACCAGGUACAAGAUGACCAGCCAUCAGUCCAGCGAGGACCUUCUUCAACCCGGUCAUAUCGUCAAGGAAAGAUGGAAAGUUACCCGGAAAAUUGGCGGAGGCGGUUUCGGAGAAAUCUACGAAGGGAUCGACCUCGUGACAAAGGAGCAGGUGGCGCUCAAGCUGGAAUCCGCGAAACAACCAAAACAAGUUUUAAAAAUGGAGGUCGCGGUUCUGAAAAAGCUUCAAGGUCGAGACCAUGUUUGCCGAUUUAUCGGUUGUGGACGAAAUGAUAGAUUUAACUAUGUAGUCAUGCAGCUUCAGGCCAAGAAUUUAGCGGAGCUUCGGCGCGCGCAGCCACGUGGAGCUUUCUCACUCUCUACAACUCUCAGACUAGGAUUCCAAAUACUCCAGGGAAUAGAAGCUAUCCAUGAUGUUGGGUUUCUUCAUAGAGAUGUUAAACCCUCAAACUUCGCUGUUGGUCGUCUUCCACAGACAGUUCGGAAGAUUUUUAUGCUUGAUUUUGGCCUGGCAAGACAAUAUACGAACGCAAAUGGAGAGGUUCGACCGGCCCGGGCAGCUGCUGGAUUCCGAGGAACUGUUCGUUACGCCUCAAUCAAUGCUCACAAGAAUAGAGAAAUGGGACGCCAUGACGAUCUAUGGUCUCUGUUCUAUAUGCUGGUGGAGUUUGCUAAUGGUCAGCUGCCCUGGAGAAAGAUUAAGGACAAGGAGCAGGUCGGGCUCAUGAAGGAGAAGUAUGAUCAUCGGCUUUUGCUCAAACAUCUUCCCUCAGACUUUAAGCAGCUGAUGGAGCACCUCCAGGCUCUGGAGUAUGCUGAUAAACCAGACUAUGCCAUGAUCUCUGGUAUUUUUGAAAGAACAAUGAAGCGGCGUGGAGUGCGGGAGUCUGAUCCGUUUGAUUGGGAAAAGACCGGAAGUGAUAGCACAACAUCUGAAGGAUUGAUGCAAACCUCUACACCAGUGAAGAACAGUCAACCCAGUAAGGUCAUUAUCACCACAGACAAUGUAGAGCGUGGAAUCGUAGACAACCAAGAAAAUGUUGAGCCGGACAACAGGAAGGAGGUGAGGAUUUCGGAUCUGGAAUUAAAAAGACGGAACCGGAGAGAAUCAAAUCAGAUUCAAAAUGAGAUGGUGAGUCUGAACACGAGUGAGCCAAAUAAAGAAAAAGUGGUAAUUGACAGCAACUGCAAUACAAAUAUUGUAAAUCUCCAAAAUGAGAAUGAGUCUCCAAAGAAAAUGAAAAUUGAGGAGAAAGGAAUGAAUGAUAAACAGGAGGCAGAGAAGAAAAAUGAUAUUGACAAGGAAGGAGAUGCUGUGAUGGUAGUCUGGUCUGAAGAGAACAAAAAUAAGAAAACUAACAAUAACAGAGACUCAGGAGUAUUUGCCCUUGAUGUCAACACAAAGACAGAUGGGUUGGAAGAGCCUGUUUCUCCUAGUCCCAGGCUAGCAAAGGAUGUAUGGAGCACUGACCAAGAGGGCAGCCAAAUAUCCUUUAAUGUCAGAGGAACUAUCGAAAGAAGAAAAAAGAUGUAUAUCGGGAGCAAAAGCUCUUCUGUUCUAAGUCGAUACAGAAGCAAUGCAGAUAACUCUAUAACACAAGUGGCACUAAUGGAUGAUGAAAAUUUGUCCCAAGCUGUUACUCAUGGGGGAGGGGGCAUAACUCUUCAUUCCAAGUGGAAAUCUCAGUUUGAUGAUUCAGAAGCAUCUGAGAAUGAAACAGAGAUGAAAGGUGAGAAUCUACAGAGCCCUGAGCACAGACAAGGAGAUUCCCCGAAACAAGAAUCUGCUAACCAAUCCAACAUUGUCACAACCACUAGACAAUUGGAGCUUUCAAGAAUAACAGAAAGCAGUGGGGGGUCUCAUCAUGGGGCUGAGAAGCCAAGUCCUGGAGGGGAUAGAAAAUCUCUUCAUCUAGAAAUAAUACUUCCAGCUCCACUGUCAGCCAAGAUGCAGAGCCCAGAUCAAAGUAAGCCUAUUGCUAUUCCACCCCCACCUAAAAUAGAGCCACCUCCCCCACCCCCAGAUUUUAUUCCACUUCAGCACUCUGCUAGCGCACCUUCUUUUAAUAGACCACCUCUCUCACCUAGCAUUAUACAGCAAUCUCCCCAAGGGUUUACUCCGCCUCCUCCACCCCAAUUUGCACCUCCUCCUCCUCCUCUCACGGUAGCAUUGAGUGGGUCUGAUGUCGCUGCCAAGUAUGAUGUGUCACCGGGAGGGGCCAUUCAAGAUAUGAAGUCACAAAUUCUUAACAGAUAUCACCCUUUGCAGCACUCAGCCUCGGUCCACAGUUAUGUUGGUUCCGAGGCCAGAACUCAAUCACCGAUAUCUCAGCUGAGAUCCAAUGCAAAAUCUCCUCUACUCCUAGAGGCAAAACUUUUACCCCCCGAGCCAACAAUCUCCAACAAAAGUGAGGAGGAGGAAGUAGAAGAUGAGGAGGAGGAGCAAGAAGAGGAAGAGGAGGAAGAUGAUGGCGAGGAAGACGAUAAUGAGGAAAAUCCAGAAUAUGUUGCUGCAGUUUGUCAGUAUACAACUGUACUGAAAGAGACACCACCUGGAUUUACAGAUAAGAAGUAUGAGGUGAACUACAUGAAUCUAGAAAAAAAUGUUCCCCUUGAAAAUGACAAAGAAUCCAUUCCAAGAACAAAAUCAAACCCUCAGAUAUGUGAUAGCACUCAAACAAUCCCAUACUCACAGAAAACUAGACAUUCAGUAACCAUUAUUGAUGCUGGUAAAACUGGAGUUAAAUUCAGUGAUUCAAGUGAAAACCAGACAAAACAACAAGGUUCACAGUGCCAAGGGGAUAUCUCAAGGGAUAGAUCAAGCAGCGAAAGACUUAUUGAGUACUGUGAAGAGGAGGAUGAAGAAGAUGAGGAUGGAAAUAUGGCAGUCUCCGGCAAAUUGGCCAUACAUUUAGAUACUGGUGAAACAUCUAGGGAGUUUUGUCUCAACAAGCUUGAUGAGAGUAGCACAAAAAGUCAAAAAGAUGAUAGCGCCACUUUCAACUCAGAAGAGAAGCCAUUAUUUGUUAAGAAAUACAGAGGCAGAUUUUUUCAAACCGAUGUAGAAGAUAAAAGUGACAGUCCACCUGUCCCCCCACCCAGGAGUAAAAGUAAGGAAGGAAGUUUAAACCUGGACAGAUCUAGUCCAAAAAACUACUUUACAGGUAAACCGGAUAAAAAUCCAAAUGAAAAGUCUGUCUAUUUUGAAGCAUCAGAUGAUCCCCAAUGUGGGGGAUCCACAGUGAUUGAUGCAACUUACCACUCCUCAACGAAGGUUUUGGAGAGUAGGUUGCCAGGGAGUUUUGGUGAAAGUAAAAAUGUGGAAUAUUUGGAAAAAAAAGAAGUGAAAAGUGUUGAAAACAGUGAUAGAAGUAACAGUCAAAGUAAAUCUUCCUCCAGUGAUAAACUGAAGGCCAGAACUGGCUCACAAUCAUGUAGAAGAAUUGGUGUAGUAUCUGCCGAUCUAUCAACAGAAUAUCUAAAAACUAGAAAUGACAAAGUAGCUCGGAGAAUCAGCUUAGAUGACUUGAACACUGCAUUCCAAGGAUUAAAUGGGUCCAAAAAGACAAACAAUGGUAGUAACAGCUCCCACAGACUUCGGAGUGAGGAAAAUGCAGGGGCAGAAUACCAAAGUGAUGACAGUAUUCUAGAGGAUAAGGCAGAAAUGUCCAUGCGAUCUGGAAGUCAAAGAAGAAGUAAGUCAGAGGAGAGUUUACUGGACCGAAUUGACUCUGCGUAUGUCAAAGGAGGCUCUAGUAGUAGAAAAAACUCUCCUUUAAGUCAUAGUAGCUCCAUGCACCAUCAUCUAAGUCGGGGGGGAUCUCCACAUGAAAGGUGCACUUUUCGCCAUCAGCAGCGAGACUUAAGCAACUCUUUCUCAAAAGAAGACUCUAGUCUUCAAGGUAAAAGUAGAAUACCAUUGCCUGUAAAACUUGUGUCGGACAAAGAUGAAAAGAGUUCGACAGCAGAGCCAUGCUCUGAUGUUUACAGUCCAGAUUCUCAUGUUCGAAAUGAAUAUCAUCCUGGAACUUACGCAAGUAGAUACACUGAUCCCCAUAGAUACACUUCCUCAUAUUUAGCCUCUUACACUGCUGCUCCUUCUCACUUAACAGGUCAUGCUUACACUAUUCACGAUAGACCUGAUUAUAGCACGCCUAACAAUUACUCUAGCUAUAGACCCACCAGUGCCAAAGAUUAUACUCGGUACAACUACUAUUCUAGUGCAGUGCCUGACCCAGAGCCUUCUUAUCUAACUAGUGGACAGACAUCCCCCCGAUGGAGAAGACGUUCUUAUGAUCACGACUCAGACUACUUGCGUUAUCAGCGCAGAAGUCGCCCUCUCUCUGAUUAUCCUUCAGUUCCUGCAUCUAAUGCAGGAAACUCAGCCCUCACCCGUUCCAGAUCCAGGUCCAGGGUGACUGAGUAUGAACCCUAUCGGAGAGAAGGGGACAGUUACUUGACCUCUAGUAUGUAUACUCGGCCAACCUCCAGCUACAUUUAUAGUCAUUCUUACUAUGGUGAUGGCGGAGAUGAUGGGGGUCGUGUCAGACAUCCUCGCCCUCCAGACUACCCUCCCAUCUCAUCAGAGGUCAGCGGUAGAACAAGACGUUAUCAACCUGAAAAGUAAUACCACUACUUUGAAGAAUAAAGAAUGGUAUCGGGCUAAAAAAUAUGUGAACAAUGUUUUUUAUACUGCAAUCUCAAGUACAUUUAUCAACAUAAAAGACAUCACACUGAUUUCUUCAUCUAAAGUCAAAGUCAAAAUGUUUAAGAAAAAAAUUUUAGACAAGUGUUUGCUGAGUGAUAUGUCCAUUUAUAGAAAUAUUAUAAUGGUGUACUAAAUGACCUAAACUUUUUGUUUCCAUGUAUCUAUGUGACAUUUCAGUGAAAAUUUUAAGAUUUCCUGAAAAAAAAUGUUGACCCUACUCAGAAAAAUCAAUGGUCAACAAAUUUUAGUAUCUAAAUUUAAUGUGGUAAAAGAACUAAAUCUAGUCAUUAAUUAAUACUGGUUAAUUAGGGAAAAUUAGAAAUUUUUAUAAAUGUUUUAACAUCUUAUUAUUUAUUAGUUUUUCUAGAGUAGACAAUCAACCUAAAAGGCAUCUUAAAAUUGCAACAAAAAAGUUGGUGAUUUGGAGUGUUUGCGAAAAUGAAAGGGUGUAGAAUGGACCAUAUUUAAGUUGUGAAUAAGUACAACUUUUACUCCUAUCUAAUGUUUCUGUAGAGAAUUAGUAACAGCUCUCAAAAACCUUGAUAGCUUAGUUCUACACAGCUUAGAGGGAUUUUUUAUUUUAUGAGAGACAAAACAUUUAAAAUUAAUAGAAGAAAUGCCAAUUUGUUCUUAUUCUAUAAUGGUUCACCUUGUACCCCCAUUUACCUCCAUUCUUUUUUGCAUACACUCCCUUUACAAAAUAUUUAACUUAACAAGUCCUAGAUAAAUUAAAACCAUGUGUACUCUUUAAUAAAUAUAAAAGUAUACCCUGUUGUGUACUUUGUAACCAAUCCAAUGUAAUUUUUAGUCAUGGUUCUACAAUCUACAUUUUUAUUCUCUAUGCCAAAAGUUAUCAAAGAAAACUCUUAUCCAAAAUCUCAUAUUAAAAACCUUUUUACUUUGACGUUUUAGUUAAUUAAAUGAUAUAAAUAUUAUAGAAUUUAACUGAUGGCAAAUGAUCCCUUUUUUUGGCAAUCUUCUCUAAAUUAUUAUAAUUUCUUUUCCGUGCUUGAUGUUAAACCACCUGGCAAUUGCGCUAACUCUAACAUGCCUGGAAUUGUGCGCUUGAUAGUGUUGCUACAAGGCAUUAUUUUCACUAUGGCAAUUUUGUUACACGGCAUUAUGUUCAGUAUGGCAAUGUUAUUACACGGCAUAAUGUUCAGUAUGGCAAUGUUGUUACACGGUAUUAUGUUCAGUAUGGCAAUGUUGUUACACGGUAUUAUGUUCAGUAUGGCAAUCUUGCUACACGACAUUAUGUUCAGUAUGGCAAUGUUCUUACACGGCAUUAGGUUUAGUAUGGCAAUUUUGUUACACGGCAUUAUGUUCGGUAUGGCAAUGUUGCUACACGACAUUAUGUACAGUAUGGCAAUGUUGUUACACGGCAUUAUGUACAGUAUGGCAAUGUUGCUACACGACAUUAUGUACAGUAUGGCAAUGUUGUUACAUGGCAAUAUGUUCAGUAUGGCAAUGUUGCUACACGGCAUUAUGUUCAGUAUGGCAAUGUUGCUACACGACAUUAUGUUCAGUAUGGCAAUGUUGCUACACGGCAUUAUGUUCAGUAUGGCAAUGUUGCUACACGGCAUUAUGUUCAGUAUGGCAAUGUUGCUACACGGCAUUAUGUUUAAAAUGGCAAUGUUUAGGGUGCCACUAUUGUAUGGCAGUGAUUGCCUUCUAUCUGGCAAUAUUGAUUGAAAUUGCCCUCUGUAUGGCAAUAAUGCAAUACAGUUGGGACCCCAUUAGUCUAUAUAAUCUAUAUAAUGUGAUAUUACUUUGAUCCCCACAUUUUUAGAGGGAGUAAACACCAGUGUUUUUAUUAUUAACUUAUUUUUGAAUAUUUUUUUUAUUUAUUAAAACACGUUGUUUUAGUUUCCCUCUAUGUGGUUUGGUGAUUUAUUAUGUUGAGCAUAUAAAUAAAUUUAAAACUUUUUA